AUGCUGCCUGAAUCACUUCCAAUUUUAAAAGAGCUUUCCCUUGAAAUGGACAUGCUUAACGGGUAUUAUCUAUUUCAUCAUUAGAUGGAUGCCCAACAUACAAUACCCCAUAAGACUGAAAUUUGAAAUGAAUGACGACAUGUUGUGGUCAGUGUAAAGAGAUUAGCUAGUUUAUGUGGGACCGAGAUACGUUGAUUCCAUGGAGAUGUUCUAGAAAUACUUGACAAAUUGUAAGCAUUACCAUAUAUUGAAGACCAACCGACUAAGAAUUAAACAGACAUGAUGGAGGCAAUUCAAAAAAAGUAGCGCUAGCUAAGACUAUUUAUCAAUAGACCUUAAGCGCAAAAACAUUUUAUAUAGUUUGAUUCUGAUUUCGAGUCUGGGAACCUAGAUUUCGCAUUCUAAGUUCGUCCAAACGAGUAUAAUUGCUAUAUGAGAUGUGAUUCAAAUUCGCGUAGCAGUCAUAGUUGGUAUCAUUUCAGCAUGGUUUCGGAGACAACACAGACAAUAAAGAUAUGUAUUUGCAAUUUCAGCAAACAUCGCAGCCUUUAUUAAAGAGGCAUGAGACCUUAUAUAGGAAUCAAUGGGGUUUGGAAGUAGGGCGGUGAUAACAUAGUGUUUGAUCAGAAGAAUCAACGAUCAUCAAGACUGAGUUUUGAUUUGACUCUUGUGAAAGGGUAGAAAAUAUAUGUAGCAUAUGGAGUGCCAUAUACCUAUUCUUAAAUGAUGCAAUUUAUAUAGCCAUUGGGAUUUAGUGUUUUUACUAGGACACCUGCAGGUGUAGAUAUUCCAAUCCUCCAGUUUGGCGAGGCGAAGAGAAGAACGAUAAUAGUAACUGCUCGUGUUCACCCUGGAGAAUCAAAUAGUUCUCACAUGAUGGAAGGUUUUUUGAAGUAUCUCAUCUCUCCAGAUGGUGAGUACCUCUUAUAGAAGUAAAUAACCAUAUCCAUAUCAAGAGUUCAUAAGUUAUAGCAAUCCCGAUGCUCAACCCUGAUGGAGUGAUUGCUGGCAAUUUUAGAACUUGCUUACAAGGAAUGGAUCUGAACAGGCAAUUUUCCAACCCUGAUUAGAAUACUGCUCCUUAAAUCUAUCAAAUCAAAAAGUUGAUCGAGAACAUGAAGAGUCCUCCAUUUGUGUAUAUGGACAUGCAUGGACAUUCCCUCAAAAAAAACUUAUUCAUUUAUGGACCCGAAUAUCCGAUUUUCAGUUUAAACUACUUGAAGUGUCGAGUGUUGGCCAAAUUGAUGUCUGAGGCAACAGAAGUCUUUCGUUAUUGGAGUGGAAUUUGGAGAGUGCAACCUAAUAAAAGAAAUACAGCCAGAGCCAUAUUGAAUUAAGAGUUUAAGAUAGUUAACUGUUUUACGGUUGAAUGUUCAAAUGGAUUAUAUUACUUGGGAUCUCAAUAAAUUACUAAAGAGUUUGGCAUUCCUGAUUUUCAUCAGCUGGGUCAAGAAUUGGGAAAGUAAGUUCAGAUAUUACUUGAAAAGGAAAUCAAAUAUAUUGAAUAUUAGAAGGAUAGACUAAAGAACCGUAAGAAGAAGAGAAUAAAUCCAUAUACUAGUUUGCUAUAACAAAUACAAAAGGAUGAAGAAGAACAUCAAGUGCAAGAUGAAGAUGAGUUGUUAGAAAGUGAGAGUAGUGAAGAAGAGGUAAAAAAGAGGAAAACCUUAAUUCGAAAAUUUCAAUAGCCUAGGUAGUCUUAAUUAAGACAGGAAAUUGAAUGCAGAAAAUCAUUCGUAUCUGAUCGAAAACCACGAAGUUAAGAUAAAUCCUUAGACAAAUCUUAGAUUUCACAAAGGCCUUUUUCACCUUACACUCCUUUUAAGAGAUCUGUGUCAUCAUCCAGAUAUGUAAAUUGUCCUACCAAACAAUAAUAAUUGAAAUAGAGAUUGAGUAAUUACGGAUUUAAUUGA